GUUUUUUGAUUGAGUUGAAUACAUAGAAAAAAGGGCCUCGGUUGCCGCAAAAACUUCUCUUGUCCGGAGAGUUCGUGAGAGUAGUUGCUGCUCGACCUGAUCGAUCCUGGGCGGUUUCAACGAACCUCUAGCCUAUGAAUUUCUAAUUUCACCGGAGUUCGACAGAGAUGAAAUGGGAAAUCCUGCCCAGAUGGGAAGGAAGAAAAAUCGAGCGAGGGAGAGCUGCGAAUCACUCGAGAGAGUGAGUGAUAGCUUUCUCGAAUGAACGGAUCGAAAAUUGCCAGUGUCAUGCGUCUGCAUCUGCAUCUGUGUGGGCGCGCUUGUCGCGCCUGUCCCUUCGCCAUCAUUUAUUUUGUCCGACCUGCAAGUCACGCCAAUCAAUAGGCAAGAGAGGCACUAGACAGAAAAGUAGGCAGGCAGUAGCAUCAAUGGAAGCAGUAGCAGGAUCUGUUCGCUUUAGCUUAUUCAGUCGGCUUAUCAGUCAUCAAACUGUUUUCCUCUCACAGUUAGCUAAGCAAAUUAUGGAAGGUCUUCUGCUGCGUCUUGUGAUAUGUGUGCAGGUGCUCAUCGCACCGUCGCCGCCGGAGCUCGGUCGCCGGCGACGGCGAUGUACGUGUUCGGGUCCUCCAUACUGGAUGUCGGCAACAACAACUACCUGCCGGGGGCGUCCGUCGCCAGGGCCAACAGGCGCUACAAUGGCAUCGACUUCCCAAGCUCCAUCCCGACAGGAAGGUUCAGCAACGGCUACAACAUCGCCGACUAUGUCGCAAAGAGCAUGGGAUUUGCGAGUAGUCCUCCUGCCUAUCUGUCGCUGGCACCGAGCUCCGGCCCUCUGGUCCAGAACGCUGUCGCCAAUGGCAUCAGCUAUGCUUCCGGAGGAGCUGGGAUCCUUGACUCCACUAAUGCCGGAAACACAAUCCGGUUGUCGAAGCAGGUGCAGUACUUCGGCACCACCAAGGCAAAGAUGGUUGCCGCAUUGGGCCCCAAUGUGGCGAAUGCCCUGCUCUCCAGGUCAAUCUUCCUCAUCGGCAUCGGCAACAAUGACAUGUACGUCUUCGAAAGCGCAGAGCGGGCGCAAAAUAGGUCAGCUGUGGAGCAAAGGAGGGAAACGGCUGUGCUCUACGGUAACCUCAUCUCCAACUACACUGCAACUAUGAGGGAGCUGUACUCAAUGGGCGCGAGGAAGUUUGCCAUAGUCAACAUUGGGCUGCUAGGGUGCGUGCCGGCGGUGCGGGUGCUCAGCCCGACGGGCGAGUGCUGGGACAGCCUCAACCAGCUCGCCGGCGGCUUCAACGAAGCCCUCCGGCCAUGGCUCGCCGGCCUCGCCCGGAGGCUACCGGGCCUCGCCUACUCCCUCGCCGACCUCUUCGCCUUCACGCGGGACACCUUGGCCGACCCGCAGGCGUCCGGGUACACCGAGGUCGCCGGCGCGUGCUGCGGCGGCGGGAGGCUGCGCGGGGAGGCGCAGUGCUCUCCCAACUCCACGCUCUGCGCCAACCGCGACCAGCAUGUCUUCUGGGAUCGCGCGCACUUCUCCCAGCGGACAGCGUUUCUCAUCGCUCAGGCAUUCUGCAACGGGCCGGCCAAGUAUACCAAUCCCGUCAACUUCAUGCAACUGGCCGGAUCAGUUAGUGAAAUCACGGAAGCAUUAGAGUCGAGCAGAUGAGAUAGCAGGCCACUUGAAAUGGAGAAUCAUGAAAUCGAAAUUCGGAGAAGCAUAGCUCUUGUUUCUAAGGCCGUUCGUGAAUUUCAAUCGUGCGUAUAAUUCACAAUCCCUGAUCGGCUACGGCUAUUCGGUUCUAUAGGUACCAAUAAGGAUAUAAUUGUUGUAAAAAAAGAUCAUGAUUCAUGACUAGUUAAUGAACAUGAAUAACUUAAAAUAAAAUCCCCUAUUUAACAUUAGAAAAAUGAAGUAUUCCUUA